CAGCAGCAGCAGGAACGGGGACAUCCCUCCCAGCACUGUCCUCGCUGGCUCCGGGAUGGCUGAGCUGGAAGGACACAGUGCUGGGUGUCCCCGGGGUGACAGCAGCCCUGUCCCAUGGGAGCAGGAGCAGUGCUGGGCUCCUCUCCUGGGCUCCAGCCCGGGGGACCGGAGCAGCUCCAGCUCCAUCCACACCGAGGACUUCGCUGCCAGGUUCCAGGAGGGAAUGGUGGAUCCCCUGCUGUCCGAGGAGGAGGAAGAUGAGCUCACUGGGCUUGUUCCCACUGAGGGAGCUGACCCUGGGCAGGAUGAGUCCUUGUUCCCCACAGGGAGAAGUCUGGAUGUCUGGAGACAGCUGGCGAUGGACAUCCCGAGGGACGGGUCUCCAUCCCUGAUGAGGAGGGGUAGCCUGGAGUCCCUGGGAGCCAGGAUAUCCCGGCUGAGCCAGAGCCAUGUGCUGGGGAUGGCCGGGGGGGGGCCCUGCCCAGCCCCCUCUGCCCAGCCAGCCCUGGGCCGGGGGGACUCUCCCCGUGGGGGUCCAGGCUCCAGGGAAGAGCUGUCGGCCUUUGCCCUGCCUGGGCAUCCCCUGAGGACUCCAGGGAUCUCUGCUGGCAGGAGCAGGGCCGGGGCAAGGACAGGCUCUGCCGGUUUGCCCCGGGCCAGCAGUGCCAGGACCAGGGGACAUCCCUCCAGCAAGGCCCUGGGCCAGAGGCAGCAGGAGCCACCAGCACUCCGGGGACAGAGCAGAGGGAAUGUCCCCCUGGCUGUGGAUGACACGGAGAGGGAAGGAGCGAGGGAAGGAGCAGGCGGCAGGAACAGAGCUCCCUGCUUGGAUCGCCGUGCUGAGGCAGCAGUGGGAGCACUGGGAGCACUGGGAGCCCCCGGGCGAUGUGGUGCCGGGACAGGGGUGUCCCCUGUGUUCUGGUGGCAGCGUGGGAAGCACGAAGUGGGGCUGCCCUGCAAGCGCGCAGUGGCACGGCCGGUGUCACUGCAGAGGAGCCAGGAGAGGACACGAGAGCCGGGAUCUGGUGCCAAGACUCGGAGUGGAGGGGACAGAGCCAGGUGUGCUGGGGCUCCGGGGAUGAGUCCUGCACUGAGGCUGGGGAAGAGGACGGUCCCAGAAGCCCAAGAGGGUCCUGGACCCCCAGAGGGGGUGGACACCCUCCUGGGUCUCCUCCUGCAGAGCCGGGAGUGGGGACACCGGGGAUGGGGGUGA